GCACGUGGAAAUGGCCGCGCUGUGCGCAACGUCAUCGAAGCGGCCAUACGGCGAAUGGCGCGAAGACUCUACAGAAGCAAUGCUGAAAAGGAGGAAUACAGCAAGCUUGCGCCAGAGGAUUUUGCUGACGUCCUGGAGAAGAAUCUGCAAACACUCUUCGCUGUCCCAUGCGGUCCCAGGGGGGCACUGUCGAAGAUCUCCAAACUGGCAUCAGCCGACGUGAAAAAGUUCCAGUUCUUUGCCGAGCUCGCCAAGGAGCUACAAGGCGGCAAGAAAGAGAUCACCACCCGGCUGCAUAGGACCACAUCGCAGAUUGCGGUGGCUUCGCAGCUGAGGAACGUUUCUGGUGAGACGAGAAAGCAUUUGGAGGUCUGCCAAGCGAAGCAAGAGGAUGCGCGAACGAGGAUCAUCCACCGUCUGGAGCUCUAUUGCGCGGAAGGAGGCAUGCUGGAUGUGGCAGCACAAGAUAUCCGCACCACGUCCGACAAGAAAGUGAUCGAGAAAUCGUCCAACCUGCUGAAG